GGGGAGAGGACGGUCUCCACAGUGUGAGGGCUCCGGCUGGAUGUGUCACACACUGGUGUCCUGUGGGCGGCUCCUCCUGCUUCCUGUGCAGUGUUGUGUGUGCUCGGCCCCCGUGUGCUUGUGUUGUGUCUCAUGUCGUCUCCUCCUCUGCUCGCCCCUGUAGUCGGGGGAUCCCCCGGUCUUCUCCUCCCCCGGGACCCGCCACCCCGAGCCUGGAGUCCCCGGGACAAGUGCAGCUACCUGGGCCUGUCCCACGGUAACCUGCGGGUCCACUACAAAGGACAUGGAAAAACUUCAAGAGAUGCCGCCUCAGUGCGGGCUACGCAUCCUAUUCCAGCAGCAUGUGGCAUAUACUAUUUUGAAGUGAAAAUUAUUAGUAAGGGGAGAGAUGGUUAUAUGGGCAUUGGGCUAUCCACACAGGGUGUCAAUCUGAACAGACUCCCAGGUUGGGAUAAACAUUCUUAUGGAUAUCACGGAGAUGAUGGACAUUCGUUUUGCUCCUCUGGAACUGGCCAGCCAUAUGGCCCGACUUUUACAACUGGCGAUGUCAUUGGAUGCUGUGUUAACCUGAUCGACAAUACAUGCUUCUAUACAAAAAAUGGCCACAGCCUAGGUAUUGCGUUCACAGAUCUUCCGCCCAACCUGUAUCCAACAGUUGGACUGCAGACUCCUGGAGAAGUGGUUGAUGCAAAUUUUGGGCAGAGUCCUUUUGUUUUUGACAUAGAAGACUACAUCCGAGAGUGGAGAACUAAAAUUCAGGCGCAGAUUGAGAGGUUCCCUGUUGCUGGUGAUUGGCAGUCUAUAAUACAGAGGAUGGUGUCUUCUUAUCUUGUACAUCAUGGCUACUGUUCCACAGCAGAGGCUUUUGCCAAGUCUACAGACCAGACUGUGCAGGAAGAACUGGCCUCCAUUAAAAACAGACAGAGGAUUCAGAAAUUGGUGCUGGCAGGAAGAAUGGGCGAAGCUAUUGAAACCACACAGCAGUUAUACCCCAACCUGCUAGAAAGGAACCCUAAUCUUUUCUUUACCUUAAAAGUUAGGCAAUUCAUAGAAAUGGUGAAUGGAACAGACAGUGAAGUGAGAUGCCUGGGAGGUCGCAGUCCUAAGUCACAAGACAGUUAUUCAGGUUCGGAUAGCAAUUGCAGUAAUGGUGUAAUAUCAAACAAAAGCCACCAGUCCCACAGUCGUAGUAAACACCAGCCUUCCAGCCUUAAUGUAACAGAACUGAACAGUAUAAACAUGACUAUGUCACAGCAAAUUAACAGCUACACCAGUAAUGAUGUAGAGAUGGAGACUGAUCACUAUUCCAACGGCUUUGCCGCCGCGUCAUCUAAUGGAUUUCUCAAUGGCAGCACAAAGCAUGACAAUGAAUUGGAAGAAUGUGACACUGAAAUGGAGGUAGAUUCAACUCAGGUAAGACGCCAACUGUGUGGAGGAAGCCAGGCUGCCGUUGAGAGGAUGAUAUGUUUUGGGAGAGAACUACAAGCCAUGAGCGAGCAACUAAGGAAAGAACGUGGAAAAAAUGCAACUAACAAAAAUAUGCUGAAGGACGCAUUUAGUUUACUUGCAUACUCUGACCCCUGGAGCAGCCCAGUUGGUUACCAGCUUGAUCCUAUACAGAGGGAACAUGUGUGCUCAUCUCUUAAUAGUGCAAUACUAGAUAUUCACAACCUGCCAAAGCAGCCUCCCCUGUCCCUGGCUUUAGAGCAAGCUGCGCAGUGUUUAGAGAUGAUGGCCCACUCGGGCAUCGGCUCCUGCGCGUUUGCCAGGCUGAGUGAUUACUUACAUUAGCUAUGCAGUAGAAGAAGUUGGGAGACUACAUGCAGUAUGGAGAUACUGUAAGACACAUAGACCAGCUCUAGAUACUUGGAACUCGUUUGUUUCAUUUAUUACGUUUUGUAACAAGCACGUCCCUAUCAUUUGACUUUAAAUAGCCUUUUUUUUUUUUAUUCUUAUUAUUUCAUUCAGUUUUAAGAGGAUGUUGCUACGUAAUUCUGGUUUGCCAUACCAGCAAUAAUUUGAUUUGACUAUAUUAAUCUGUGUUAAUCCUCUUACAAUACGUGAGGUACAGUGGACAACAAAUCGCAGGGCGACGCUAACAGCCAAGCAGCUUGCUUGCCGCAGUCCUGUGUGUUUUUUUUAAUUAUAAUUAUUUUUAUUUUGGAAUGCAUUAUAGACACUUAAAUGCCGUGCUGCAAGAAUCCUUGUGAUUACCGGCUGCACCGUCUUUUCUUUCUUUCUUCUUUAUUUGCACAGUUCAUGGCCUCCAGAUUGUUGCUGGUCAGACUGUAUAUCUUGAGCCUGCACGCACUGUGACCGAGAUCACAGGACAUAUGUAAUAUCUCGUCUAGGUUGUGUGUGGCAUGUCUCAUGUGUAGACAUCAAUCUGCUUCUGUUUUCUCACAGAGGGCACCGUUAAGGAUAAUGACAUACAGUUCAGACUGCAGAGUUUGCCAUCUCUGUCAUGAAACUUGAAAUGCCCCAAAAGGGGUGUUGUUUUCUCUUUUUAAAGGGAGUCUAUCAUCAGAAAAUUCACCAGGCAGAAGACCCUGUAGGUCUAGCUCCGCUAAAUGUAAUGAUACCUUUUCACUUAAUCUGGAGAAAAAAAGUA